GGGGAGUGCAGUUUUUACAUUCACAGUGAGAGAAAGUUCACAGAAGAUCUAAUGAUUCACUGAAUUAACGACUAACAGUCGAAAUUCUGAAUCGACAUGAGCGGGAAACUAAACGUCAGUUUUGACCCCAAAGAGCACCAGCACCUACGUUAUAAUCCUCUACGAGACAGCUGGGUUCUCGUGUCGGCCCACCGCAUGAAGAGACCCUGGGCCGGUCAGGUGGAAAAACCUCCAGAGGACCACGUGCCCAGAUAUGACCCCCGCAACCCACUCUGUCCUGGGAACACGAGAGCCAAUGGAGAGGAAAAUCCAGACUAUGACAGUACAUUUGUCUUUGAAAAUGACUUUCCUGCUCUUCAGCCGGAUGCUCCGGAUCCAGGGUCAGAUCAAGAUCCAUUAUUUCAGUCUAAAGCGGCCAGAGGCGUGUGUAAAGUCAUGUGUUUUCACCCCUGGUCCGACGUCACCCUUCCUCUCAUGAAGCAGCAAGAGGUUGUCAAGGUGAUCGACAAGUGGGCGGAGCUCGUUGAAGAACUAGGCAUGACAUACCCAUGGGUUCAGAUUUUUGAGAAUAAGGGGGCGAUGAUGGGAUGUUCGAAUCCACAUCCUCACUGCCAGGUGUGGGCCAGCAACUUCCUGCCUAAUGAGCCAGCUCUAUCCGACCGCUGCCAGCGAGCGUACUUUCAGAAGCACGGGGAGCCGAUGCUGCUGCAGUACGCCAAACAGGAAGCCGAGAAGCAGGAGCGUGUGGUGGUCCAGACUUCUGAUUGGCUGGCCGUGGUUCCAUACUGGGCAACAUGGCCUUACCAGACUCUACUGUUACCACGAAGACAUGUCCUCAGAAUCAGUGACCUGACAACAGGCGAGAGACAGGAUUUGGCUGCCAUUAUGAAGAGACUGCUGACCAAGUAUGACAAUCUGUUUGAAGUCUCUUUUCCCUACUCCAUGGGCUGGCACGGAGCUCCAACUGGGCCCCAUUUGAAAGAAGAUAACUCCCACUGGCAGCUGCACGCUCACUACUACCCUCCUCUACUGCGGUCGGCGACGGUGAAGAAGUUUAUGGUGGGGUAUGAAAUGCUCGCCCUGGAGCAGCGGGACCUCACUCCCGAGCAGGCUGCUGAGAAGUUAAGGAACCUUCCAGAAGAUCAUUAUAAAACCAGAGAGGAGCAGGAAAAACAAGGAGGGAAAUAAAACUUGAAGAAGUCUUUGGAAUGGAUGGAGGGGCCUGUUUCCAGCCGCAGUGCACUCUUCGGAAAUCACUUGUGUGUUUGCUCUUGUUUUAAAUGUACUUUAAAAAGCAUCAUGCGGAAGUGCCUCUGCUGACUCGGGGCUUUGAAAUGUUCUAAUCUGCCCUGGACUCAGUCGACAUAAUAUACUUAUGUAUGCACUAAGUUUGUUCUUUGCUCCUAACUGGAAUUAUGGACCUCAGGCUGAACGUGAAACCCCUCCUCUAUUUUCCAAAGGAAAUAAAGAGAAAACAUUGUUCCCUUCCUCC